GCUUUCUUGAUCAUGGAUGGUGAAGAUAUACCAGAUUUUUCAAGUUUAAAGGAGGAAACUGCUUACUGGAAGGAACUUUCCUUGAAGUAUAAACAAAGCUUCCAGGAGGCUCGGGAUGAGCUAGUGGAAUUCCAGGAGGGGAGCAGGGAGCUGGAAGCAGAGCUGGAGGCACAGUUAGUACAGGCCGAGCAGAGGAACAGAGACCUGCAAGCUGACAACCAAAGACUGAAGUACGAAGUCGAAGCAUUGAAGGAGAAGCUAGAGCACCAGUACGCGCAGAGCUACAAGCAGGUGUCGGUGCUGGAGGAUGACCUGAGUCAGACCCGGGCCAUAAAGGAGCAGCUGCACAAGUACGUGCGAGAGCUGGAACAGGCCAACGACGACCUGGAGCGUGCCAAGCGGGCAACAAUAGUUUCACUGGAAGACUUUGAACAAAGGCUAAAUCAGGCCAUCGAACGCAAUGCAUUUUUAGAGAGCGAGCUUGACGAAAAGGAAUCCUUGUUGGUGUCUGUCCAACGGUUAAAGGAUGAAGCAAGAGAUUUAAGACAAGAACUGGCAGUCCGGGAAAGACAACAGGAGGUAACCAGAAAGUCGGCCCCCAGUUCUCCGACCCUUGAUUGUGAAAAGAUGGACUCUGCGGUCCAGGCAUCACUUUCUUUGCCAGCCACUCCUGUUGGCAAGGGCACAGAGAACAGUUUUCCUUCACCAAAAGCUAUACCAAACGGUUUUGGUGCCAGUCCGCUCACUCCUUCUGCUCGGAUCUCCGCGCUCAACAUAGUGGGGGACCUCUUGCGGAAAGUCGGGGCUUUAGAAUCCAAAUUAGCAGCUUGCAGGAAUUUUGCAAAGGACCAAGCAUCGCGGAAAUCCUAUAUUUCAGGGAAUGUUAACUGUGGGGUCAUGAAUAGUAACGGCACGAAGUUCUCUCGAUCAGGACAUACGUCUUUCUUUGACAAAGGCCUGUCCAAACUGGCCGACACUAGAGAGGCUGCCGUUGGAGCUCCCUGAACCCUCCCGACAGCAUCUUCGAAGUGCGUCCUGCCCGAGAGCGAAGGAUAAACCAAAACCCUCUAGGACCGUUCCGAGCUGAGCUGGCUGGUGAGCAGAGCCCUCCCGGAGGGAGGCUCCAUCCUGCCUCCCUGACCCGCUCCCUUGGCCACUAGCGUUUGGGUCUCCAGCCCCAGCGGCCCUUUCCCUCCCCGCACGUGCACGCAGAGGCCAGCGUGCAAGCAGGACGCAGAGCCAGGGCCGCCGAGGGCUACCCCGUCAUCCGCCAGUUCCUGGGAGCACAGCGCCCCCCUGAAACCGUGGGCCUGGCUGGCCGCGUUUCCGGUCUGGACCCCCCCCCCCCCCCCCCCAGCCUCAGACAGGCCACAGGCGGGACACGGAGAACAGAAGGUGAGAAGACAGAUUCCAUGUUGACGUGACUUCGUGUUUAUUGAGGUGUGUUUACUGUCAACGGGUGCUUUCUCCUCCCAGUAAACAGAGCAGGCGUGAAUAUCUAUAAUGAAUAAAUUUAUUGUCUUACAAAAAUCAUUGUCUAGAAAUAUGGGAAUACAAGAAAAAAGAUAUUUGCAGUCAGGUGUCUGGUGGUAACAGCCAGUACAGUUCAUCAAGGGGAAAAGCAAAGAUUCCAAACCCACGUGACAGUUCUUCCUAACAGAUGUUAAAGCUUUUAACCCAAAAGGUUUGUGUUUUCAAGCACGUCGCAGAGGAUCAAGGAUUUAGAAUUAACACUGAUUCGCUGUCGCUGAAUGUCUCUAAUACCACUUUGACUGGAGAGGUACAUGAUACGAAGCACAGUCAGAACUUAUAUGUUAAAUUGUUACAGAGGCAAAUCAUAGGUUUAACAUUGUCUUAGUACUGUAGUGUCUAAGGCACUUUCUGUAAUGUCAGUUUGCUUAACUAUCAACCAAAACCAGAAUGCUAGAUGGUCACUGUAACACUGUCCGGGGGGGACGGGAGGAGAAAGGAACAAGGAUUCACAUCCACUGGCAUGUCAACAUUCAGGCAGAUGGCGUCGGUUGGGGAGGCUCUGUGAGCCUCCCGCACAAACUUGGAAUAAAUCUGGGACACAAAACCGAGAUUUCCAUUUUGGGCUCAAAGCAGUGGCUGGUUUGCAAGGUCAGCAUGCGAGCCUGGCUGGCGAGGGAGGGCCCCCUGCGGACCGCCGCGAGCGUCUGCUGAGCCAGUGGGCCCACGGACCGGCCCCGGCCAAGGAGAGUUCACAGGGAGAGACGCGGGGAUGCCACCAGCUCAAGGGAGAGGGGCGGGGGAUCCCAAAUGGAUGUGGCCUCCCCCGUGUCCGCCCCACUUCCUCAUCUUGCCAUAGCUCCUUUCACAGUUUGCGCACUAGGUCGUGCUGCUCGUUCUCGGAGGAAAGAUGGGGUCACAAGUGCAGUUCAGGUUCCACAAUGUUCUAGGAGACUCGAUGUGGCUGAGUCGUCGGGGGCCACACGGACACGGAACGGAGUUACCUGUCUGUAGAGAGAGCAUGCAGAGCGACGGGCGGCCGCCACACGGCGGCCCUGGGACCCCCGCCACCGGAGACUGGUCUGACAAAUGGUUCUCUUCUCACCGUGAGUUCGAAAUGGUCUCGUGAGGACUAUAUGGAAAACAGAUGCAAUGAGGAGACUCUGUUUAACGGGCGCGUGUCUCGGGUGUGUAUAUAGAAAAGGGGCGCGGUUGUAUUCAGAUGUGACGUGGGAUACAGUAGGGUCGGCCGGAAGCCUUAAGACACGGUUGAUCUUCCAGGAAGGAGUCCCAGGCGCGGGGGCGGCCCCUGGCAGGUGGGCUCGGGGGCUCAUGCGUGUCCCACUGUAUCGCCUCCUAGGCCUCCCGGGCUCUACUCGGACUGGGGCGGCUGUGUCUCGUUGACGUCGCUGGUCUUGCUCUCUGUGUCGUCGUCCGACAGCUCCAGGGAGGCCCCCUCGAUGUGCAGCUGGCGCCGGCCUGAUCGGCUGGAUGAGAAGCUGAUGGGGCCGCCUCGCCUGGGGAGAAAGGGGAGGACGCGCAGAGGUGAGGCCGGGAACACGCGCGGCUCUCCAGCUCUCCAGCCGCUGAGGACCGCACCCUUGCACCCUUGCACCCUUUCUGCGGGUGGCUGGGGGCGGAGGCGGACGUGAUUUGGAAGCCUCUGCGCUUUGCCCGUUCUCCAGCCCCCCUAGGCAGGCCUGGUGCAGCCACGGCCGUUGCCGUAGGAACAGGCAGGGCAGCGGGUGGAGGCCAGGUUCCCUGUGCCCAAGGGGCAGCAAGUCCUUAUGGGCCGGUGGCUGGGCCGUGGAACGUGGAACGUGGACUUGUAACACACUUCAUAAACGUAACAAAGUGCAUAGCGCACUGAACAAGGAGCGGGCAUACGUGGCGUGGUCCCUGGGCCGCUGUCCCCCACGCCCCAGCUGACCUGCUCUGCGGGAGGGAGCGUAGCUAUCGCCCCCACCCACUCGGCCUCUCCCUGGCACCAGCCACAUCCUGUGGGCAGGCGGGGGCGGGCGGAGGGUGGAGGGCACUGUUCUGGGCGGCCAGUGCCUCCACACCAGGGAGGUCCAGCAGGGAGCGAGCGUCCCUCCUCCGUCCUGCUGGAGGACGACCACGGCCAAAACCCCGAACGCGCGAGUGCAGAGCAACUGCCGCUGCCCGAAUGGGACGCUCCCUCUGGACCAAACGCCGAGCCCCCGCGCACAGCUGUGCUUGCAGCUCUGGGCACAACCUCUGAGGCCCUGCGGCCUUGUGCCGGCAGCCCUGGGUCGCUCACCUUAGCCGGUUCUUGAGUGUGCUGACCUCGCGGCUCAGGCCCUCGUUGGCCUCCGUGGCAUCGUCCAGUUCCCGCUGGAGCUUGCGCCGAGAUGCGUUGGCACGUGUGGCCUCCUCCUCAGCCUCCUCCAGCUGCCGCUUGAGCUGUUUCAUCCUGGCGGUGGCCUUCUCCAUCUGGUGGAUGGCACCGAGCCCGUCAACGCCAGCCCGGCCGACUCAGUUUCAGCACGGCUGCGUCCCCAGUGUAGCAUGGCUCGGGGCCCUGAUGGCCACAUGAGCGAGCGCACGCAUGCGCACAUGUACCUGUGUGUGUGCACGCCCGCCCGCCCGCCUGCGCGGUGGCCCGUCAGUCACCCUACCCCUCUCACGAAGCCCGUGUCUACAAAGCCAACUCUGCUAAAGGACACCGAAUGGUCAAAUUCUGUUUUCACCCGAGUUUUCUGUAGGAGUAACGACACCUUCAGCACCUUCCCGAGUGACCCAGGGAGCACGAAAAGGAACGGCUGUUCCUGCAGAAACAGGAGAGCCGACGACGGGGACCGUCUCCAGCCCCAGGAGCUGGUACGGUUGGUUUUGUGCCCCCACUCAGCAUGGCUGGUUUGGAUGUGACGCUUUGAUUCAAAGAGUGGACACUGGCCAGCCAGCGCCUUGUGGGUCCGGCUCACAGCCACCCAGAACCACCGUUGGGGGGCGCUUGGUCCUGCGGGUGAGGGUUGGGAGAGUGGGCACGCGUCUAAGUGACCUCUGUGUCCCCAGCACCCCAGUGUCUCAUGCGCCCCAGGAAUAUGAGAGUGAACAUCUCAGGUAGCAUUUUCUUACUCUUGCUGCUCCAGUGGUUGCCCUGGGCUCCUCCUGCCCCAAUGUCCUUGCUAAGCAAAGCAUUUCUGGGGCAGGAGGCGUGGUCGCCCCGCUUGGGCUGCGCCCCUUACCUGUUCCUUAUACUGGUCCGCGUGUCGACGUUCGUCUUCAACCUGCAUGAAGAUCUCUUUCAGCUUCUUUUCGGUACGACGGACUAGUUUGUUGGCGGCUGCUCGUUCCCUGUUGAAACAACCCGUGCAUGAGUUUGUGCAACUCUAGGAAUGAUCGUGGAACGCGGCGGACAGGAUUUUGUAAGACCUUUUUCUCCGGAAGAGGACAACGUGCUCGAGUGCCUCUCAGGACCUGACCAGAGUCAUAGAAUUAACACGGCCCAGAAGCUUCUCCCUUGUGACUAAAAUAUGGAUUAUCCGUCGUCUGAUGCUGACAGACAGGAAAAGUACAUUCAUCAUUUCCUCCUCACAGAUGGUGAGCACGCUGGCGAUCUUCUGAUCAGAGCUACCUGCCCCAGGGAUACUGGGUGGCUCAGUCGGUUAACUGGCUGCUCAGGUCAUGAUCUUGGGGUCCUGGGAUCGAGCCCCACACUGGGCUCCCUACUCUGCGGGAGGCCUGCUUCUCCUCCUGCCCCUCCCUGCCCAGCUCGUGCUGGCUCUGUCAAAUAAGUUAAAAAAAAAUUUUUUUUUUAAACCACUUUCCAUA